AUGGCUGAUGGAAGUAAUUCAAAACCAGAAACAGAUGAAGAAGUCGUGAGGAUAUUUUUGGCGGACAUGAAGAAUGAAUUACAAUACGCGUCGUCGUCUUCCUCACCAUUUACUCAUAACAUAGACCGAGUUUUCAAGCCAAUACGUGAUGUAAAGCCAGAGGCUUACAUACCUCGCUUGAUUUCCAUUGGUCCUCUUCACCGUCAAGAAAUGCUCUUAAAACCCAUGGAAGCACAUAAGAUGCGGCUUGUAAACGAUUUUCUAAACCAAGAUAAUAAUAAUAAUGGCGUAACCUUGAUGGCUGAACAUUGUUUCAAAGAGAUGAGGGGUUUGGAAAAAGACGUUCGCCAAUCUUAUUCAGAAGUCAUCCCACUCAAGACAGACGAGUUUGUGAAGAUGCUGGUGGUGGACGGCUGCUUCCUACUUCAACUCAUCCUCCGGUGGGAGGAAUACACCGAUGACCCUAUAAUCAAUGAUAAAUGGAUGCCUCAUAAUAUACGUAACCUGUUGUUGCUUGAGAAUCAGCUUCCCUUCUUUGUCCUUCAAAAAUUAUACAAUCUAUGCUGCUGCAAGGGAUGUCGGGAUUCAAAACAUGCAUUCAGAACAGAGACCCAAUCUUUCUUACAGAGUUUCUUGGUUUCGUCUCCCGAUAUGCUGCCUUUCUAUAACGUCAGGGAAUUCGUAGAUUACCAUUUGCUUGAUUGUGUAUGGAAUUUCUUUACUUCAAAGGAGCCACCGCUGGUUCCCGAGAAACAAAUAAUGCCUUGGCUUGAUAAACUGAAAGGGUUUCUCCAGAGAUUCAUAUCAAUUAUAUUAAUUGAUUUAUCGGAAAAGCGAAAACUCAAAUGUGCAACGGAGCUCAAGAAGUCAGCCGCGGUUAAGUUUCAGAAGAGCAAGACAAGGUGCUUCACGGACAUAACUUUCGAUCCCAAUGACGGAAAGUUGAGUAUCCCAUCUAUUAAAAUUGACAACUCCACAGAAUCUCUGCUCCGAAAUCUCAUCGUCUUAGAGCAAACACCUGAGGGAUAUGUUUAUAAACCAGUCACAAGUUAUGUAGUCUUCAUGAAUGAGCUCAUCAACUCUCCUGAGGAUGUGAAGUUGCUACAGAAGGAGGAUGGGGAGAUUUUUACAACAGGGAGCAGCAGCAUCAGCAGCAGGAGCAGCAGCAGCAGCAGCAAGAACAUUAAGCCAGCAGAGGUAGUUGUUUUUUUUGAAAAUCUUCUAAAAGAAGUUCCACUGCCUCCAAAUGAUGAGCUCUAUUUCGACGAUGUUUAUAACGAACUGAAUAGGUAUUACGAUAACUCAUGGUUCAGAGUUGGGACAAUAUGGCACAGAUUCGUGUCAAGAUUCUACCGAUAUAUGAAUAUUCUCAAGGUUAAAUAUUUUGACAGCCCAUGGUCAGUCAUUGCCUUCUUUGCUGCAGCAGUUAUCCUCUUCUUGACCGCCGCGCAAACAUUUUUUUCUUACGAUUUUUGGAAGAAAGGGAACUGA